AUGCCCGAUUACAUUGUCUACACCAAAUGGAUUCACAGUGCAUACAAGAAGAAAUAUUCCCUUUUACCCGAUGACCCGGGGCAUUCUUCAGUUGUCCAAGGUCGCCGUGUGGAAGUCAACAAUCUUCCAGCGAAGAAUGGCAUUAUUCAUGUGUUGGGUGCCGUGUUGGAUCCUAGGUCUAAGAAGGAUAGGGAAGGAAAGGACAAAAAACGCUGGGGAGAUUGGUGGGCGGAGGAUGGGGAAGAUGAUUGA